AAAGCGGAGGCGGGCCGUGCGAGCCGCUCUUCGCCCCACCUCAGCUAUUACUUCCACGGAGCCCGUGACCGGAGGCAGCGACUUUGCAUUCGCUCCCUGCGGCCCAGAAAAAUUCUGCAAAAAUGUCUCUGUACCCAUCUCUUGAAGACUUGAAGGUAGACAAAGUAAUUCAGGCUCAAGCUGCUUUUUCUGCAAAUCCUGCCAACCCAGCUAUUUUGUCCGAAGCUUCUGCUCCCAUCUAUCAAGAUGCAAGUCUUUAUCCUAAAUUGUAUCCAGAACUCUCUCAAUACAUGGGUCUUUGUUUAAAUCAAGAAGAAAUACAUGUAAAUGUGCUCAAAGUCCUUGAUGCACCGAUGCAGGGGCAGUUGGCAGUAAGACCUUCCAGUAUGGACUACAUGGUGGCUCCUGUAACUGGUAAUGAUGUGGGAAUUCGUAGAGCAGAAAUUAAGCAAGGAAUUCGUGAAGUCAUUUUGUGUAAGGACCAAGAUGGGAAAAUUGGGCUCAGGCUUAGGUCAGUAGAUAACCGUAUAUUUGUUCAGCUAGUCCAAGCAAAUUCUCCAGCCGCAUUGGUUGGUCUGAGAUUUGGUGACCAAGUACUUCAGAUCAAUGGGGAAAACUGUGCAGGCUGGAAUUCUGAUAAAGCACACAAGGUGCUCAAACAGGCUUUUGGAGAGAAGAUAACUAUGAAUCGUGAUAGGCCCUUUGAACGUACGAUUACCAUGCAUAAGGACAGUACUGGACAUGUUGGCUUUAUCUUUAAAAAUGGGAAAAUAACAUCCAUAGUGAAGGACAGUUCUGCAGCCAGAAACGGUCUUCUCACAGAACAUAAUAUUUGUGAAAUCAAUGGACAGAAUGUCAUUGGGCUGAAGGACUCUCAAAUUGCUGACAUACUAUCAACAUCUGGAACUAUAGUUACUAUCACAAUCAUGCCUGCUUUUAUCUUUGAACAUAUUAUUAAACGGAUGGCCCCAAGCAUUAUGAAAAGCCUGAUGGAUCAUGCCAUUCCUGAGGUUUAAGUCAUGGCCCCAUGGACAUUUGCUGAACUAUUCCAGUGUACUUCUUCAGCAACUUCUUUAUUAUGCACAAGCAGCUUUCUAGGAGCCAGACAACAUAUGCUGCAUGACGACCUUUCUUUCUUAUGGCUGGGAAUCUCACUAUUUGAUCUCAUAUCUUGUUCAGAACUCAAGAUAGUUGUAGCCUUAUCCUGGUUUUACAGAUGUGAAACUUUGCAGAAGAUUUACUGACUUUUAUAGAAUAGUUUCAAUACUGGAAACCUGAUGUUUUACAAGCCAUUAUGAUUAGGAUGAUUGAUAUAUGCUUUGCGUUGUCUUAGAACCAGUCACCUUUAUCCUAGCUCUCAAGUAGUGCUGUUCUUAACUUUAAUUCCAGGACAUUUUUUGCAUUUUAAUUGUGUUACUAUAAUGCAUUUAGAAUGACUGUUUUUGAUAAGAUUUUUUAAUUCCGCGUGUGUGCAUAAAACCAACUAAGUGGCAUUGGUUUCAUUCCAUGUAAGCAUUAAGCAGUGUCUGUAGGUUGCAAGAGAUUGUGUUGAUUAUAUGACAUUUUAACUACCUUCACUUAAUAUGCUUAAACUGUCGCCUUAACUGUGUUAAGCAUCUAGAAUAAGAGCCAAAAUAUAAUUACUGCUGCCUUUUUAAACCCAAAAUGCAGUUCUAUAUUAAACUGAAAUGCAUUCUAGUCCAGAACAAUGUAAUACCAAGUUAAUAUCGCAUACCUGCUUUGUUGCAUUUGAGAUUUUCUAGUUACUGUGUAGUGGGAACUUCUGUCUUCUAAGGGACCUGUAUCUUUUUCUGAUUAAAUAGAUCACUAUAUAUUUAAUGUAAAAAUUGUUAAACUAUGUAGGAUAAACUUUUGGUGCCCUUUUUUUUCAUUUGUGAAUUAAGUGGACUAAUAUCCAGACCUGGCUUCUUCCUCUCAAUAUUAUGUAACCUAGUUCUUUGAGUCUGAAAACUUUCCCUGGUAAUGUUUUCCAUUUUCUGAUUCCUCCCUGUAAACAAACCAGCAGUGUCACUUUACUAUGAUUUCCCCCCUUCUUUUUGAUUUAUGCCUAUCCCAUAUUCAUUAAAUCUGUAAAAAAAAAAAAAAAAGAA